GCCCCACUGCCAAGGAGAUCACAUGCCCCGUGAGUCACUCCAGAUGUGCUCAAAAACAGAGUCUCUCUGUGGAAGCCCAGUCCCCCAAUCCCAGAGAGAGUCAAAUGAAGAGAGGUACCGACUCCUGUCCCACCCAGGACGCAGCCUUCAGCCUCCAGCCUUCUGAGGCAGAGUAGGCAUUUCUGCACGUCUGCAAAAGGAAGGGAGGGAAGCACUCCAUCAUCUCACUGGGAAGAACAGCGCGGGCAUACCUGCAGCUACUGGGGUUCCAUUGGGCUUGAGGGUCGAUUCGUCACCUUUUGAAGGACAAGAUGCAUUGGAAGAUGUUGCUGCUUCUGCUGUUGUAUUCCAAUGCUCAGGCUUCCAUGUGCCACAGGUGGAGCAGGGCCGUGCUCUUCCCUGCUGCCCACCGGCCAAAGAGGUCCUCAUCACUGCCAUUGAACCCAGUCCUGCAGAACUCCCUGGAGGAAGUGGAGCUGCUCUUCGAGUUCCUGCUGGCCGAACUUGAGAUCAGCCCUGACCUGCAGAUCUCCAUCAAGGACGAGGAGCUGGCCUCCUUGCGGAAGGCCUCGGACUUCCGCACUGUCUGCAACAACGUCAUCCCCAAGAGCAUCCCAGACAUCCGCCGGCUCAGCGCCAGCCUCUCCAGCCACCCUGGCAUCCUCAAGAAAGAAGACUUUGAAAGGACAGUGCUGACCCUAGCCUAUGCGGCCUACCGCACAGCCCUGUCCCAUGGCUAUCAGAAGGACAUCUGGGCGCAGUCCCUCGUUAGCCUCUUCCAAGCCCUGAGGCAUGACUUGAUGCGCUCCUCACAGCCGGGAGUACCUCCCUGAGAGACUGGCCCACACCAGGACCUCGGAGCAGGGACCAGCACAGUAAUCCAGAAAGUCUUCAUUCUCUAUUCCAUUUACAGAGACCAGCAACAAAACACGUACCGCUGACACAGAGCAGCAGAGAUCAAACACAGUAACGCCGAUGCUCUUUUCUCUCCUUGUAGUUUCCUAGAAGACACAUCUGAUUCAUGCCAUCAUGUGACCUGGAAGGGCUGGAGUAGUAAUUCAAGAUGCCUCCAUGGGCAGAAUGGGUUGCCUGUGGCAGGCAGAGGUCUGAUAUGCUUCAACCCAGAGCACCAGCCACACACACUCAAGAGUGAAGACAGGCCGGGCACAGCGGCUCAUGCCUGUAAUCCCAGCACUUUAGGAGGCUGAGAUGGGAGGAUUAUUUGAGGUCAGGAGUUCAAGACCAACCU